AUGGAAACAUCUUUUGCUGUGAACUCUUUUCUCCUUGCCCUUCUUCUCUCUCUUCAUCUUCACUGCCACCUCUUUGUUUGGGCCGCAAUGGACUCCUGCUUGGAUGAGGAGGGGGCCCCGAGCCGCUGCAUGCCCAAGUUUGAGAACAUUGCCUUCAACCGCACAGUGGUGGUGUCCAAUGUGUGUGGUUCCCCACCUGAGGACUACUGCAUGCAGACCGGCUCCACGCGCUCGUGCCACCACUGUGACGCGUCAGAUCCAGAACUGAGCCACAACGCCAGCCUCCUCACAGACUUCCACAUGGAUAAGGAGCGCACCUGGUGGCAGAGCCAGUCCAUGUUUUAUGGUGUCCAGCACCCUAAUUCUGUCAACAUCACCCUACACCUGGGGAAGGCUUUCGAGAUAACUUAUAUACGAUUGAAAUUCUACACCAGUCGGCCGGAGAGCUUCGCCAUCUACAAGCGCACGGAGCAGAAUGGGACCUGGUUGCCUUACCAGUAUUACAGCGCCUCUUGUAGGAAGACCUAUGGGAAGGAUGACAAGGAGUACAUUCGCCCAGGAGGUGACGAGAGGAAUGCUUUAUGUACCGAUGAGUUCAGUGAUAUCUCUCCCCUGACCGGAGGAAACGUGGCUUUCUCCACCCUGGAGGGGCGGCCCAGUGCUUACAACUUUGACCAGAGCGUGGUGUUGAAGGAAUGGGUGACAGCCACUGACCUGCUCAUCUCUUUGGACAGGCUUAACACCUUUGGAGAUGAGUUCUUCAAGGACGCUAAAGUGUUGCGCUCGUACUUCUAUGCCAUCUCUGACUUCUCUGUGGGUGGCAGAUGUAAGUGUAACGGUCACGCCAGCGAGUGCUUUGAGGGGGAACACGGGGGGCUGGUGUGUGCCUGCCAGCAUCACACGGCGGGAGACGACUGCCAGAGAUGUCACCCCUUUUACCAGGACAGACCCUGGGCCAGGGCCACGGGGGACUCUGCCAACGAGUGUCUGAAGUGCAACUGCAGCGGGAGGUCUGACGAGUGUGUGUUUGACGUGGAGCAGUACCGCAGCACCGGCAGGGGGGGGCGCUGUGUGAGCUGCAGAGACCACACCGACGGGCCCCAUUGUGAGCGCUGCAGAGAGAACCACUACAGGAGGUCUCAUGAGGAGCCCUGCAUACCCUGCAACUGCAAUAUUAACGGUUCACUGAGUCUGCAGUGUGAUGUAGAGGGAAGGUGUGCGUGUAAAAAUGGCGUGACAGGGGCGAAAUGUGACACAUGUCGGGCUGGCUUUCACUCGCUUGGCCCUGGUGGCUGCAGGCCCUGUGACUGUGCCUCCAGCGGCAGUGUGGGCGUCUGCUCUGCUCUGGACGGACGCUGCCACUGUAAGCCACACGUGGAGGGGCAGAGCUGCGACAGAUGCAGGCCUGGCUUUUUCAACCUACAACACGUAAACACAGCAGGCUGCCAGGCGUGUUUCUGCUUCGGCCACUCGCUGGCCUGCUCCCCGUCCAAUCACUACGCUGCUGUCCACAUCACCUCUGACUUCCUUGAAGAUCAGGACGGCUGGUUGGGGGAGUUCUCUGGAGGGCAGGAGUACUCCCUGCUGUGGAAGGAAGGUGAAGUCUACCUGCUGCCUCUUACUGAGGAAGACAUCGGCUUCUACAAAGCCCCCGAGAAAUUCCUGGGUCAUCAGAUCCACAGCUAUGCCCAGCUCAUCUCCAUCACCUUCACCUCCGAGACCCCCGAGCUGCUGCCGGACCACGUCACCUUGCUGCUGCGCGGCUCCGGAGUCACCCUCACUGCUGACCUUUCACCCCAAACAGUGCUUGACCCUAACCCCCGCCUCACAUUGCAGCAGACCUUCACUGUCAGGCUCCAUGAAAGUGAGAUAGGAUUUAAACCAGCGUUGUCUGCAUUUGAGUUCCAACAACUGCUUUACAACCUGACGUCUCUCAGAAUCAGCAACGCCGGAGGGCAGAACUACACGUCGCAGCUCGCGGAGGUAUCCCUCACCUCAGCUUCCAUCUCCUCCGGCCCACCAAACCCUCCUGCCCCCUGGGUAGAGUUUUGUUCCUGUCCCCCGGGAUUUGCGGGACAGUUUUGUGAGCGGUGCGCCCCAGGGUUCACCCGGGAAGACCCCAGCAGAGGGCCGCUCUCCACAUGUGUGCCCUGCAACUGCCACGGGCAUGGAACCUGCCACCCAGAGACAGGGGUGUGUGAGUGCUCAGACUUCACCACUGGGAUGACCUGUGAGCACUGCCUGGACGGUUACUACGGCAACGCUUUGAUUGGCACGCCUGCGGACUGUCAGCAUUGCCCUUGCCCGGACCGUACCAGCUGUGCCGAAAUUGCUCAGACAGGACAGGUGGUCUGCACCAACUGCCCUGCAGGACAGACAGGGAUCCGGUGUCAGAUGUGUGAAGAUGGUUACUAUGGUGACCCACUCGGACAAUCUGGUUCAGCUCGCCCGUGUGUGAGAUGCGACUGCAAUGGUAACGUGGACCUCAACGCGCUGGGAGUGUGCGACCACCUCACCGGGCGAUGCCUGAAGUGCCUGGGACACACAGAGGGAGAACACUGUGAGCGCUGCCAGAGGGGUUUCUACGGCGACGCCCUCAACCAGACAGCUGUGCAGAAGUGCAAAGCGUGCAGCUGCAGUCCUGGAGGAACCUCUGGCUAUGUGAAUGAAUGCCACCCUCACACAGGAAACUGCAUGUGCCUCGGUCACGUGACCGGACGGGACUGCAGUUAUUGUGAAAUGGGCUUCUUCAACCUCCAACCAGGCGUAGGAUGUGAGAGGUGCAGGUGUAGCCCUAUUGGCUCAGCGUCCGACGCUUGUCAUCCAAUCACAGGGCAGUGUGUGUGUCGUGCAGGAGUGGAGGGGACGCUGUGUGAUUCUUGCCGAGUGGGCUUCUUUGGAUUCUCGUCACGAGGUUGCAGAGCCUGUAACUGCGACCCCAUGGGCUCCGUCUCCAUGCAGUGUCACGGUAACGGGACCUGCCACUGUCGCCAAGGCUUCGUGGGUUACAAGUGUGACAAAUGUGAGCUGAACUAUUACCACAGCAGAGACACCCACCAGUGUGAGGAGUGCCCCGUUUGUUAUGGCCUUGUGAAGAAACAGGCAGAGGAGCUGAGGACGCGCCUGCAGGACUUGGAGAAGCUGCUGGCUCACUUUGAUUGCCGAGGUAGAUUUGGGAAGCAGCACCACCUGCUGAAGUAUCACAUGGCCAAGCUAUAUGAGCAUGAGCACCAGAGGGAGGAUUCUCUACCCAACGCUCUGGAGGAUUUUCUAGCCUUCCAAGAGGCGCGGGAGGCCUUCAUAAAGCAGUUUUCCUUGCUGGAAGCGUCCGCUGGCUCCUUGUUAGCCCAGCUGAAUGGCAUUACAACCACUUUGAACUGCAGCCUCAGCAUGACAGAGAUGGAGAGCGGGACGGAUGAAGGGAGCAGGGGUGUGUGUCAAGCCUUCACUGACACACUGUUCAUUGUUAGGGCGUCUCAGAAACAGCUAAAGCAGGCGACACUGGACCUGGACAGCAUGAUCAUUCCUUUUGAGAUGGUGUCAGGCCCUAACAAAUGGAACACGAUGGUCAAUGACUCACAGGCCCUACUGAAAAGUCAGAGAGAAAUGGCAGAGCACAUGGAGGCCGUAGCCAGCAGGGCGGUAAGAGCCUCGGAGCAGACCUUCAGCUUCCUGAUGGAUCUACUGCAGGACAACUCCACAGAGGAGUACAUCAGGAGCCUAACGGAGCAAAUAACCCAAAUGCAGCAGCAGAAGGGGAACCUGACAGUGCAGGUGAAUGAAACUGCAGCCAAACAGCUGGCCCUGGAGGAAGAGGCUGCAGGCAUGAAGAUCGCCCUGGGUAACAUCACAUCAUCCUUACAUCAGCUGGCUCUGACUGAGGCCAGCCCAUCAGCAGAGCACAACCAAACACAUGCAGCCAAGCACACCACAGAGUGGGGCGAAGACCUGUUAAAACAGACGGAAGAGCUGGACCGGCAAAUUCAGACCAAAGACAAUCUCGUGAGGAAGAUGAGAGAAGAGAUGGAGCCUCUUAAACAAACUGCCAAUAAGAAACUGGAGAUCGAGGAGGCCAUCAGUGAGCUGCGGGAUCACGCUCAGGGGUCAAAGGUCAUGGCUCUGACGUCAGUGGUGAGAGGGAAAGAGGUUGAGUCUGAAGCCAUCGCCCUGCACAGAGAACUGCAAUACAUGGUGAGGGAGUGGCCCCGGCAGCAGGCCCAGACAAAGGCCUCGAUAAAGAAGGAGAAACCUCUGGAGGAGAAGGUUCUCGCAGAUGUCAGGAGAAAGGUCUCGCAGAUAAAAGAGAUGCUGGAACCCGCUCUGCAGAACUCCAGCCUCUCCAGCAACAUCACACAGCAGGCAGAACACACCGCUCACGCUGUGGCAAAGGAAUCCAAAGCCAUUCUGAUCCAAGCCAAGCACACGAGGACAGCGUCGGCUCACCUCAGCUCGCACAUCGACUCCGCUCUGCAGCAGCUGAGUGAGCAGGAGCUGCAGACUGACAGAGCCCGCUCCCUGGUCACUGCAGAGCCUCAGGUGUCCCUGGCCGGCGUUAAAGAAGACAUGAAGGAAGCCAAGCUCCAGUUAAAGGCCUUCUCUGUUACACUCACUGAGCUAAUCAGCAAGAUUGAUGGGAACGUGCCGCUGGAGCGCUUUGACCGGAUCCUGGAUGAGACGGAGCGGCGCCUCAGCAUGCUCCGCGGGAGUGUCGACAGCCCGACGCUGGGAGUGAAGAUUCAGAAGCUGCGUUCAGCCGCUCAGGAGCAGCACAGCCGGAUGUCCCUCAUUGAACAGGACUUACAGGAGAUCACAGAGGAGAGAGACAGUCUGAGGGACAUCGCUCUGAACCUGCCCGCGUCCUGCCCCUAGGCCUCAGCCGCAGGUACAGGCUACACACUGAAGAGGAGAGGCCUUAAAGGGAUGCUUCAGAUUGUUUGAAGUGGGAUUGGAUCAGGUACUUAUCCAUAUUCAGUGUAUUACCCACAGUAGAUGAAGGAUGGCACGCCCCGAGAUUGGAUGAAAAGACAGGAUUACCAUGGAGGAGACGGAAGAGAAAAGAUGAACUGCUGGGGAUGGGGCGGCAGCAUAAUAUAUUGUAGCCUCCUUAUGAAUAGCAAAAUCACUUACAGUGUGUGCUAUAUUUAGAAUACUUACACUGCUUUACUUUGCUGUCAGACAGCUCUUUCCAACGGGGAACUGAAGCGUAUUUACGCUUUCUUUAAAGCCACCAGACUCUAUUGACGAAAACAGUCAGUUUACUUUGCAGAACAAGGGUUGGGCUACCGCUUAAUUCAAUCAGUUGAAAUGUAAUUGUCAGUAUUAUUGUGUGACUUUGGGCUUUCGAAGGCUAAGCUAGUUUGAUUCACCAACAUAUAAUGCAAACAAACCAACCUAUCAAGGCAGUGAUAGAGCAGCAGCAGCUUCCAUGUUUGUGAGUUCUGGUGACUUUUAAAAGAGCAUAGAAGAAGAAGAAGAAGAAUCUGGUUUAUUGUAGGUUUACACAUACAAGGAAUUUGCUUUGGUGUGUAAUUGUGCAUACAUAAAAACAAUAAGAGUGUUUAAGUAAAAAAAAAGAAGGAAAAAUGCUAUACAUUUUUAUUUAUUUUUUAAAUUAGAAAAUAUUAAAAUAAAUGUUUUUCAAGGAAUGGAAAAAAAGUACAAAAAUAAUAUGACAAUUAGUCUGAGAAUAAAAUAUGUGCCUUAUAAAAAAAUACGACAGCUUCAGUUCCCCAUUGGAAACUGUAGAGUGGUACAAAUAUUCCACAUUUAGCGUACACUUCAUCUAAUAUUGAUUCUGUAGGUGUCUUUAAUAUGUUUUGCUGCUGCUCCCGUUCAGCAGUACAUCGCUGAGAUUUGCAGCCAGUACUCCUGUGUGCUUUUUCAAACUAGGGGGCGUUCCAUCCAUCAUCGACUGUAGGUAGUGUGGUAAGUACCUUAUACAACCCCUCUUCAGAAAACUCUCCCUCUAAGUCAUUGAUAAGACACUCCAACAUCAGAGAAGCCUGGGAGGAUUUUGAUAAUAAAAGGGGCUGUGGUAAUUUUUUAUUCUGCUUCGAAAAAGUGAGUUAUAUCCCUUCAUAUUUUCCAGCUUUUGCCCCAAGGUACAAUUUAUUUUACCACCUCAAGAGACUCAGUCUCGCACAUUCCCAGCAAAGCCUCAAACCCCUCCACUGUCUCGCAUGAUUCAAACCUAAUCUUCCUUUUUGUUUUCCUUAAUUUCUUUCUCCCACUCUUUCCUUUCACUGCAGAACUGUAAUUUCACCGUGAAUAAUAACCAGACGUACUGAACUGCUGGAGUGCCCUGUCAAGUUUAAAAUAAAGCUGAUUUUCCUUUGUGGGGGUAAAAGGUGUGUCUGAGUGCUCCUCCACACUGACACUUUCAUUUACA